UCUGAACUGAUCCUCAACAUUCAUCCAGAUCCUGAACCUGAGGAAGAGGAACUGAGGAAGAGGAGAAACUCAACCUGACAUCAUGAACAGCUUGUGGAGAAAUCUUCUCUGUUUCCUGAUCGUCAGCUUGGUUGACUCCGCCUCCCUGACCACUCGCUUCCUGUCCGUCCGCUGCACGGUGGGGGAGCAGGCGGUCCUUCCCUGCAGCUGGAAGCCCCGCCUCCGGGACCCCGCCUCCUGCCACAUCCAGUGGCAGACCACCACCACCGCCGCCGUGUUCGAGCAGCAGGGGGCGCGGCGCUGGCAGGCGGAGGAGUACGAGGACCGGGUGGAGGUCCCGGAGGAGAAGCUGGGGUCCGGGGACUGCUCGCUGGUCAUCAGCGACGUUCAGAUCACCGACGGCGGGCGCUACGAGAGCUUCAUGGUGGUGGACGGAGAGAGGUCCAUGAAGACCCGGGUCUUCAUCCAGGGCGUGAAGCUGUCUGUGCUAGAUCGUAAAUCCCAUCAGACCCGGGGUCCGGGCGGCGACCUGGUUCUGGAUCUCGUGACCCGGCACUCGGUCCGAGUCGUGUUCCAGGGCAGGAACAGCUCGGUGUGGGAGGAGCUGUGGAUGAAGGGCGGCAGCGACAGCGAGCGUCUGGAGAAGGAUCCUCUGAGGGAGCAGCUGACCCUGAGGGGCCUGCGGGGGGGCGACGAGGGGACGUACAAGGUCCUGGACCAGCACGGGCUCGCCAUCAGCACCGUGCAGCUCGCCGUGCACGGAGAAUCCCCCGAUGCCCGAGUCCAAGACCAAGUGGAAAAUUCAAUAUCAGCCGACGCCGUCAGAAGCAGCCGGUCACUUCUUCUUCUCUGUUUCACUCUCGUCUCCAGUUUCCAGUUUCCUCGUCUGUUCUGAGCUCGGUCGUCAUCCUGUUUCAUUUUGUAAAUUUAAAGUUUCGAACCAGUGGUUUUCUGUGUGAAAGUCUCAGUUUAACGAGGAAACAUGUGAAUAAAUGUUUGUUUCUGUCAAAAUGAUGAAGAUGAAGUUCUGCACAGAGAUGAAGAAACUGAGAAUGUACAGGAAACUUCAUUCAAGUGUGAAUUAUUAUCAGUUUAUUAUUUCUCAGCUAAAAUUAAACUGUUCUGUCUAAAUGUAAAAAGCCACAUGUAAAUGUUUGUCUUUUAACUUUCUAAUUUAAAAUCAAUCUGAGAACCUUCUUCACUCUGCUCCUGUUGUCUCUCUGUGUUUAAACAACUCGGAUGUUUUCUCUUUGGUCUGAACAUUGAAUCUGUAACUACACUAACAUUAGACUUAUUGUUUAUAUUAAUUAUAUAAACUUCUUCACACACUAAGUGAACCUGCUACCUCUUUCAAAGUCUUUCAAACGUAGAGAAUCUUCAGCUUUGUUCUUUAAUGAUCAAACAAGUCAUGUGACCACACGAGCUUCUCUCACUGUUACAAAUGUACAAACUUCACAGGAGUGAGAAGACGACCACGAACACAGGAAGUUACAUUCUUCAUUUCAAACACAAAAUAAAGACAAAAUCAAUAAAUAUUAUGCAUCUGCUCCGUGUUUCAGAAUAAAAGUCUGUUGCGGUUGUUGA